GCAACAAGUAGGUUCUCUCCAUCUACCAAGUGGUAGGUGGCAUAGUAUAUAAAGAAGAGUGUGUGGAAUAGGGAACUGUUUAGACAAGACACGAAUGAAGAGGUAAAAGCAACAAGAGGGCAUGGAUGAUCAUACUAAUGUGUUGGAGCUCAACCUUGGUUUAGGAAGCAACCUUGGUGGUCUUCAUGUAGGGCAAUCACCGAGGCAAAGGUGCCCUGCACCUUUUCUGUUGAAGACUUACGAUUUGUUGGAAGAAGGAGAGGCUGAAAAUAGCACCAAAAUUGUGUCGUGGAAUGCUGAAGGAACUGCUUUUGUUGUGUGGUCUCCAGCUGAGUUCUCUGAGCUUACCUUGCCUAGAUAUUUCAAGCACAACAACUUCUCUAGCUUCAUUCGCCAGUUGAAUACAUAUGGAUUCAAGAAAACAUCAUCAAAAAUAUGGGAAUUCAAGCACGAGAAAUUUAAGAGGGGUUGCAGGCAGAUGCUAGGAGAAAUAACAAGGAAAAAGUGCGAGCCAAGUGUGUUUCCUGCAUACCUCAAGUCUUGUUCUGAGGAAAAUGCAACGAGUUCGACGGAAGAUAAGAAUGAACAACAACUGAUGGAGGAGAACAAGAACCUAAAGAAGGAGAGAUUAGAGCUGCAAAUGCAGAUAGAUGAAUGCAAAGCACUUGAAAUCAAGUUGUUGGCAUGUCUCUCUCAGUUUAUGGACACUCACCAAAAUAAAGUUAGGAAACUAUGUUAGGUCAUAAUUAUUUCUCUUGUUUCAAAUCACCUUUCAUGUUUCACCCAUCAACAAGAAGAAUUCAUUCCUCUUGUAAACCCUAGUUAGCAAUCAAGGCACCCAGCACUAGUCCUAGGAGCCAAUUUUUAUAGGGGCAUUAAAAAAUAUUUUUGAAAAUAAAAGUUUAUAUAAUUUAAUUAUUA